CCCUGAGCGCUCCUGCCCCUCCCCACUCGCCAGCCUCCAUCUCCUCCUCGUCUCGCUCGCUCUCCCAGGGAGGUGAAUCCGGGGUGCUGGUUGCUGUCGGCGCCACCAACUGGUUCUGCAAACCCCAGCCGAAGACCCGCAAGCGACUCUCCGGAGACCAGCGGACCCUUGGCGGUGGCUCUUGCCAAUUGCACUUUGCCUGCAGUGGGGUCCUGGUGGAGUUUCUCCUCCACCUGCAGAUGCUAACAGUAUGCGGAAAGCAGUGGGCUUCCCAGCGCUGUGCCUGCUUCUUAAUCUGCACGCUGCAGAGUGCUUUUCAGGAAAUAAUGAUCACUUUUUGGAAAUUCAUCAGAAGAAGAGUGGGAAGCCAGUGUUCAUUUAUCACCAUUCACCAGGUCUUGAGAAGAGCCUGGAGAUAGCACCUCAAAAGAUUUAUAAACACAACUACCAUUCCUCUCCCCAAGCUCAAAUAAGCAAACAUCACCAAAUUGUUAAUUCAGCAUUCCCUAGACCUGCGUAUGACCCGUCUCUCAAUCUGUUGGCCGUGGAUGGUCAGGAUCUUGAAGUGGAGAACCUUCCGAUCCCAGCAGCAAAUGUAAUUGUGGUGACACUUCAAAUGGAUGUAAGUAAGCUGAAUAUAACCCUGCUUCGAACAUUUCGCCAAGGAGUGGCUGCAGCCUUGGGACUCUUACCUCAACAAGUGCAUAUCAAUCGUCUCCUUGAAAAGAAGAACAGUAUUGAAAUAUUUGUGUCUCCAGUAAGUCGAAAAACAGGAAUUUCUGACAUUUUGCCAUCUGAAGAAGUGCUCCGUUCACUUAAUACCAAUGUUUUGCAUCAAAGUUUAUCCCAAUUUGGAAUUACAGAAAUCUCCCCUGAGAAAAAUGUUUUACAAGGGCAGCACGAAGCGGACAAAAUCUGGAGCACGGAAGGAUUUUACGCGGUUGUCAUUUUCCUCAGCAUCUUUGUUAUUAUAGUAACGUGUUUGAUGAUUCUCUACAGAUUAAAAGAAAAGUGGCAGCUUUCCUUGAGACAAGAUAAAGAGAAAAAUCAGGAGAUCCACUUAUCCCCCAUCGUGUUACAGCCAACGCAGUCCGAGGCAAAGGCCGUGAACAGCAUGGUCCAGCCUGAGCUGACCCCGAAGGUGCUGAAUGUUGUUGUGGACCCCCAGGGCCGAUGCACUCCUGAGGUCAGAGCUGCCACCGCUGCGGGUCCUUCCCCCUUCAAGAUGAAGCCCAUAGGACUUCAGGAGAGGCGAGGGUCCAACGUAUCCCUUACACUGGAUAUGAGUAGCUUGGGGAAUGUUGACCCCUUGGUGGCCGUACCAACCCCCCGGGAGAAGGCAGCCAUGGAGUAUCUGCAAUCAGCCAGCCGGAUUCUCACAAGGUCACAGCUGAGGGACGUCAUGGCAAGUUCACGUUUACUCCAAAGUGAAUUCAUGGAAAUACCUAUGAACUUUGUGGAUCCCAAAGAAAUUGACAUUCCACGGCAUGGAACAAAAAAUCGCUAUAAGACUAUUUUGCCAAAUCCCCUCAGCCGGGUGUGUUUAAGACCAAAAACUCUAACUGAUACCUUGAGCACCUACAUCAAUGCUAAUUACAUUAGGGGCUACAACGGGGAGGAGAAAGCGUUCAUUGCCACCCAGGGCCCCAUGAUCAACACCGUCAAUGAUUUCUGGCAGAUGGUCUGGCAGGAAGACAGCCCUGUGAUCGUUAUGAUUACAAAACUGAAAGAAAAGAAUGAGAAAUGUGUGCUUUACUGGCCGGAAAAGAGAGGAAUCUAUGGGAAAGUCGAGGUUCUGGUGCUCAGUGUGAAAGAAUGUGAUCACUACACAGUCCGAAACCUGGUCUUAAAGCAUGGAAGUCACACGCAGCAUGUGAAGCACUAUUGGUACACCUCCUGGCCUGAUCACAAGACUCCUGACAGUGCCCAGCCCCUACUCCAGCUCAUGUUGGACGUAGAGGAAGCCGGGCUUGCUUCCCUGGGCCGAGGGCCUGUGGUUGUCCACUGCAGUGCAGGGAUAGGUAGAACUGGAUGUUUCAUUGCAACUUCCAUUGGCUGUCAGCAGUUGAAAGAAGAAGGAGUUGUCGAUCCCCUAAGCAUUGUCUGCCAGCUUCGUGUGGACAGGGGUGGAAUGGUCCAAACCAGCGAGCAGUAUGAAUUUGUGCAUCAUGCUCUGGGCCUGUACGAGAGCAGACUUCCCGCAGACACAGUCCAGUGAGGCGCUGAAGAUUUCCCUGACCAUCGAUCUCUUAGGGUGAGGAAUUGGAAGGCGCUUUCCGCAGCCUAAAGGGAAGGAGAGGCCUCUGAAGCCAGCCUGUGGCAUGGAUUGUGGAAGACUCGGCAGCCUCCUGAAGAUGGCCAGUCUCUUGUGUAUAUGAAUGCCUUUGUAAGCAUCCCCCAAAUGGUUCUGAAGGUCAUGUGCUGAAGGAGAUGUGACAGGUGUCUCACACAGCCCAAGGUGGAGCUUGUUUUGUCCGUAGCACCUGUCUGCCACACAGAGAGUAUGUGCGUAACACUCUGUGAUAUGGUCGUCACAAGACGGCCUGAGGAGUUGCAGAAGAAAUUAUCACUGUGUGCUUAGACGCUUUGUUUGCAACACAAGUCUUGUGAGUGGACUGUCAGCUCUUCAACUGCUCCUGUUUAAGUGCUGUUAUCUUUCUCAGUUACCAGAAUCUUGCUGCUAAAGUUGCAAGUGAUUGAUAGCGGAUUUUUAACAAAUAAUUCCCUGUUUUCGGUUGCGGGGAGGGGGAGGGGAGCAGUAAUUCUUUUAUAUGGAAAUGUGUCUUGAUAAUAUUACCUAUUACAUGUUUGUUUAUAAUACCUCCUAUCGAUCAACUUCAGAGCACAAUGAUUGUCAUCCGAUCUAUAUGUACUGACUCGCUACUACUGGACAUGGAGAUAAAUUCUGCUCCAGAACUCUACCCAGUGUGUUUCUACAUCCUGAGUUGUUUUAUUUUAAAAGGGACAAACACAUGUGUAGUGACUAUGAACUAUCAAAAAUUGAAAAUACGUGUCCAUCUUGCACUAAGAGGGAGUUUUUGAAUAUGCUCGCCCCGUGGAUGCUUUCUCCCAAUAAAAGGCUGAGACGUACCUCUGGGAAUGAUGCAACCAGUCCCAUUUCCAGAGGUUCUUCCAACGGAAGAUGCCACACAGAUCCUUACCUUUCUGGAAGGUUUUAGUCCUCAAGAGACAACUGCAGUGAAAAUAACUGUACCCAGCAAGCACGAGGCAUUGAGUUCAAAUAUCAUGUUUUCAUUCAGCAAUGUUGACUUUGUUUCAUACUGCCAAUAAACUACUCUUAAAUUCUAAA